AUGGCGACCUAUCUCAUCACUCAGGCGACUGGCAAGCAGAGCCAAUACAUUACUGAGCACCUUCUCGCAACUGGUGCCAAAAUCCACGCCGUCGUGCGAAACCCCGACAAGCUUCCUACGGUUCUUCAGCGCCCUGAAGUCAAGAUCUUCAAGGGAGAAAGCACCGACCUUGAAGCUGUCUUUCGGGCUGCACAGGGUUGCAAGGGAGCUUUCCUAAACACUUUCCCUAUUCCUGGUCUGGAGACUCAGCAAGCCAAGACCAUCACCGAAGCAUGCAAAAAGGCAGGCGUUGAGACCGUCGUCGCAUCGACCUCUUUCUUGACCGGGGAUAAGGAGGUUUGGGACGACAAGGAAUCCGAUGAAAUUGGCAUCCGCUCUUACUAUCAGUCCAAGCACGAGGUCGAAGAGGUUGUCCGCAACGCCGGCUUCAAAUACUACACUAUUAUUCGCCCGGGUUUCAUUCACUUUGACUUCCUUCUGCCCAACGUCUAUGGCAACUUUCCUGCGCUACCAGCCAAGGGGGAACUUGACCACGCCUACAACGACAACGCGACCAUGAUUUACACCGAUGCCAACGACAUUGGCAAAUACGCCACGGCUGCCUUCCAGAACCCUGAAAAGUUCAACGGCCAGGCGAUUCAGCUCGGCAAGAGCAACCUGACUCUAGAGGAGACGCGCAAGAUCCUGAUUAGGAUCACUGGAAGGGAGGUUAUUUCAAGGAGGCGCACUCCGGAAGAGGUUGAAGUGGCAAAGGCUGCAGUCCCGGCUCAAAAGUUCAAUCUUUGGGCCAACAUCAGGGACUUUAGCCCUGCUGCAGCGGAAGCGAAGGAAGCGGAGGUCAAGUUUGGUAUUACAUUCACUACCUUGGAGGAGGCUUUGCAGAGGGAUAAGGCUCGGCUCCUCGAGUGUAUUCCCGCCUAG